GUCAUCUUCAGAGUCAAAUGAGGAGUAAGGGGCCGUUUAUAUGGUCUCGGGUACUAUGGUUACCCUACUGCCCGAGACAAAGUUGUCUAGCGUUUACAUGAGAGAUUGCACGCUCUCUUUUUAACUCGUUCCCAGUUCACUCUACACUCAACAAAAUCCAAGAUGGAUAACGCAGAAAUUGUAUUUUCUAUAUGCCCCAUAAUUUUGAAUAUAGUGUCGGUUCUUUCCAUGUUAGACGCAUGUAUUACAUUGCUUACUGUGCACCAGCAAAUGCAGCAAGAUAUUCUCCUGUGCUUGGGCACAGCUAAGGAAAAUCCUCAUGUUUUGAAAGCAAAACGAAAAAUUACAAGUCGACGAGGAAGAUUUCGUUCAUGCUGGCAGAAGCCCGGUAGGACAGAGCGAUGGUGGAGUAAUCUCUGGCUCGGUGAACUUGAUCUCCAGGAGUGGAACUUGAAUCUUCGCAUGAGCAAAGACGAUUUCAUGAAAUUGGUUCAAGAACUCGAACCUUUUAUUAAACCAAAUUUUGCAACUCCUAAUUGGACAUCAGUUUCAGUCGAAAAAAAAGUAGCAUUAACUUUAUAUUUUCUUAAAGAUGCUGGCUCUAUUCGAAUGACUGCAAACUCCUUUGGAGUUGCUACACCAACUGUCUCCAAAACUGUCAACGAAGUCUGUCGAGCAAUCAGCAAAUAUCUUGAUCCCAAGUACAUCAAGUUACCGCAAUCUUCUGAAGAAAUGAGAGAAUUAAUCAUAAGGUUUGAAUCAAAGCAUGGUUUCCCUCAAGCCUUUGGAUGCAUAGACGGCACCCACAUUGCUAUCCAACAACCAUUAGAGAACUCUCACGAUUAUUUUUCUUACAAGAUGAAAUAUACCUUGAACAUCCAAGCAGUUUGUGACUAUAGAGGGUUAUUCCUUGACGUUGACUGCCGAUGGCCAGGGAGUGUGCACUAGAGUUUUUAGUAACUCUAAAAUAAACAAAAUGCUGAGAGAAAACAAGUUGCCUAGUGUUUAUCGGAAUUUAGUUCCAGGCCACGACAAGGUAUCAUCUCUGCUUCUUGCGGACCCAGCUUAUCCAUUACUGCCAUAUUGCAUGACUGAGUUUGAAUGUUGCAAGAGUAAUGAAGAAGUCAUUUUUAACAAUCUGUUGAGAUCCUCAAGGAAUCAGAUUGAGUGUGCCUUUGGACGAUUGAAAGCUAGAUGGCAAAAACUUAACACUGUACUAAACCUGAAGAAUGAAAAUGUUCCUUAUAUGAUAUAUGCAUGUUUUGUUUUACAUAACUUUUGUCAAUUACACGGAAUUCACGACGAUGAUGAUGGUGUUUUGAAGCAAAUUAAAUAUGAUAGGGAAGUACAACCAGAUAUUCAGCAAGACUUGAUUUUCUCUUGUAAUACUGCUGAAGGAACAUCUACCAGAAAGACAAUAGUUGCUUUUCUAAAGGAACACAAUGAGCUCUAAUUUUUUACUUGAGUUUUAAUAGUGAAUAAAGC